AUGCUUGGGGCCAGGAAGCAGCCAAGUUGGUCAGGCAAUGGUGUGAAGUUCUGCACAGAGGCAGUAGAAGACGCCCUCACCUAUCUGGACCAGGUGAAGAUCCGCUUUGGCAGCGACCCCGCCACCUACAACGGCUUCCUGGAGAUCAUGAAGGAGUUCAAAAGCCAGAGCAUCGAUACUCCUGGAGUCAUCAGACGUGUCUCACAGCUCUUCCACGAGCACCCUGACCUCAUUGUUGGAUUCAACGCUUUUCUUCCCCUUGGAUACAGAAUAGACAUUCCCAAGAAUGGCAAGUUAAACAUACAGUCGCCUCUGACGAGCCAGGAGAAUUCGCACAACCACGGGGACGGUGCAGAGGACUUCAAGCAGCAGGUGCCGUAUAAAGAGGACAAACCCCAGGUACCCCUGGAGUCCGAUUCCGUGGAAUUCAACAACGCCAUCAGCUAUGUGAAUAAGAUUAAGACCCGCUUCCUAGACCACCCGGAAAUCUACAGGUCGUUCCUGGAGAUCCUGCACACGUACCAGAAGGAGCAGCUGAACACGAGGGGCCGACCGUUCCGAGGCAUGUCCGAAGAGGAGGUGUUCACCGAGGUGGCCAACCUCUUCCGGGGCCAGGAGGACCUGCUCUCCGAGUUUGGACAAUUCCUGCCCGAAGCCAAGCGGUCUCUGUUUACAGGAAACGGGCCAUGCGAGAUGCACAGUGUGCAGAAGAACGAGCACGACAAGACCCCAGAGCACAGCAGGAAGCGCUCCCGGCCCUCGCUUCUCCGCCCCGUGUCUGCACCCGCCAAGAAAAAAAUGAAACUUCGUGGUACCAAAGACCUGUCCAUCGCUGCGGUGGGGAAGUACGGGACUCUGCAGGAGUUUUCUUUCUUUGACAAGGUGCGUCGGGUGCUGAAGAGCCAGGAGGUGUACGAAAACUUCCUCCGCUGCAUCGCGCUCUUCAACCAGGAGCUGGUGUCUGGCUCCGAGCUCCUGCAGCUCGUCAGCCCAUUUCUGGGGAAAUUUCCAGAGCUAUUUGCACAGUUCAAGUCCUUCCUAGGGGUAAAAGAGCUGUCCUUCGCGCCACCCAUGAGCGACAGAUCCGGGGACGGGAUAAGCCGGGAAAUCGACUAUGCAUCUUGCAAGCGCAUAGGAUCCAGCUACCGGGCACUCCCCAAAACCUACCAGCAGCCCAAGUGCAGCGGGAGGACGGCCAUCUGCAAGGAGCUUGACCAUUGGACACUUCUCCAGGGUUCGUGGACAGACGAUUACUGCAUGUCCAAGUUCAAGAGUACCUGCUGGAUUCCAGGAUAUAGUGCAGGGGUCAGCAAACUCUGGCCCAUGGGCCCUGGCCCGCUGCCUGUGUUUGUAAAUAAAGUUUUAUUGGCACACAGACACAACCAUUCAUUUACAUAUUGCCUGUGGCUGCUUUUCUCACCACAAAGGCAGAGUUGAGUAUUCAUCCGGGAUGGCCUGCAAAGUCUGAGAUAGUUGCUCUCUGACCCUUUGCAGAGAGAAUUUACCAAUAUCUGAAAUGAAAUCAGCCCUCCAUAUCUGCAAGUUCCUCAUCUGUGGUUUCAACUAACCAUGGAUUGAAAAUAUGUGGGGAGAGAGAAACCAAAAAAUGACAGUACAGCAAUAAAGCGUAAUCCACAUUUUAAGAAUGCAGUGUAACAAUGAUCUACACAGCAUUUACAUUGCAUUAGGUAUAAGUAUUCUAGAGAUGAUUUUGCAUAGGUUAUAUGCAAAUAGGAUUCCAUUUGACAUCAGGGACUUGAGUAUCUGUGGAUUUGGGUCUCCAGGGGUGGUUCUGGAACCAAUCUCCCAGGAUACCAAGGGAGUGUUCACUUGACCAAAGUCAUGUUUUCCCUUAAAAACUUGAUUCACCUUCCCAUUUGUAUAAGG